AUGGAUCCUAUUAAAUUGCAUAACUAUGCUGAAUAAAGAUGCCAUACUUAUGGUUGCUAAGUAUCCGCUUGCAUGAGGGAAGCAAAUAAUCCAUCAAAAUGUAACUAAUUGCUUGCUGUUUUAUAAGAAUGCAUAGAAAAAGAAAAAAAAUAUGUGCUUGAAAAUUACAAAAAACCCUAAAAAUAAUGA